AUGGCGAACGCAGGAACUAGUCAAGGAAAUGAUUGGCGUUAUAUCCCUCCUCUGAACAUCAAUACUGUCAUACAGAAUCCGGUAUCUUCAAUCAAGUUCGACCCAUAUGAAGAGCUUUUCUGGACAGGGUCGGCAACUGGAAAAGUUGCAUCUUGGCUCCCUACGAAUCACUUUUCCCGUUAUACUGCGUUCGCAAUCUCAAGACAUAGUGGUGUUCAUCAUAUUGAACCAACAGAGAACGCAAUUUUCACUUUAACCAGUACAAAUCUCCGUGCCACAUCUAGACAAGGAGUACCUCUUGGCACCUAUAGUCCAAAAACUAUGCAAAAUAUGGUAUCAUUGCACCGAUUACCAGGGAGUUCCACUUUUGUUCUCGGCGGGUUCGACCACAAACUAAUUAUUUAUGAUUUCGCGAAAGAAAAAGAAAUACGAACGACAGAUUUAGAAAGUGACGAAACUGGUAUAAUCAUUCGAUACAACGGUACAAAUACAUUCACAGCAGAUUCUCUGGGAAGGAUUCAUGUCAAAAAUCCAAAAAACUUCGAAACCGUUCGAAUUAUUACAUGCCAUAGUGACAAGGUUCUAGAUUUCGAUGUUCAGGGGCAUCAUUUAGUAACGUGUGGAUUGUCAUUGUCAGUAUCAUUCUCAUUCACAGUCAUUUACUUUCAUUUCAGACAAUCCAAACACUCGGAAAAAUUUAUCAAAGUUUUUGAUCUUCGAAUGUAUAAACAUGUAUCGCCCAUCUCAAUGAAUCACUGUCCACAAUUCGUUCGAUUCAUGCCAUCAUAUUGCGAUCGUCUAGCUGUCGUCUAUCAGACAUGUUUCAACAGAGACCAAAUCGAUGUGCAGCCUAAUGCGUGGACCAACUAUCCAGCAGGAGUCAGAAUGCUCGAUAUGAUGUCUCCUGUCACCUCAAGUAUCGAGUUCUCCAUGGAUACUACCAUCAUCACGUCAUUCGAUUACUCUAGCACUAAAAAUUUUCUAGCCAUUGGGAAUAGCAUGGGAAUGGUAAAUCUUUUUACCGAUCGAGAUCAGCCACUGGUGAAUGAGAACUCGAAAGAUACCAUUUUCGCUCUUCCGCCAGUACAACCACCCGUCUCCUUCGUAAUUGAUGAUGUUUCACACUCAGUUGGAUCUAUUCCUAUUCCUUUUCCACAAGAAGAUCUAGUCAGUAAUUGGCCAAGCGAGCUGACGCAAAUCGUUCAUAGACCACGAAAGCCACCUUCAGAAAUGAAGAAUGCAAAAUCGAUACAUUAUGCUUUGCAAAUCACAAAUCCUCGGAUACAUACCAAUCUCAAACUUUUCAACAUUGUUCCUUACUUUCUGGACCACGAGUUCAUCGAAAUACCAUCCGAUCAGAAAGUGAUGGAGAGCCCUAUUCCUGUUUCGAUAGAGAAAGUGAAAGUUUCCAAAUUGUACAAGAAAAGGGCGCCUCCAGUCAUCCAAGGAGCUAACCGGCGAAGAAAAACCACAGACGACACGGUGGAAUGUUAUAAAUGGAACGUCAUCCGACAUGUGACUAUGCAAUCGACUCAUGCAAUGAAUCUUUUUGCUAACGCUGUUGUUCAAGUCGUUUACUAUAUGACUUCGCUUCGGAAUAUAGUUCUCCAGCAUAUAUGUUUAAAUGAUUCAUGCGUCACCUGCGAAUUGCAUUUUUUGUUCACUGCGUUCCCAUCAAAGAUCGGCUUAGAGGAAGAAAUUGUCACAAUGAAUCUAGCCUGGGCUCUUGCACGAAACGGAGUGUCAUUGAAAACAGGCGGAGUUUUGUCUGCAAUUCAACAAGUGACCAGAACUAUCCUCAACGAUAUGACAGAUAAAGAUUCAGUAGAUUCUACCGUCGUAACCAAAUUCGAUAGACACUUGCGGUGUGUUCGAUGUCAAAAAGUGCAAAAUGUGGAACAGGGAACUGUUAGUUUUCUGACUCUAAACUAUGCCUCGAUCCAACAGGCCUCAUUCUGUCAACUCGUGGAAAAAUCCCUUCAUCUUGGUCCUGAUUCUGGAGAGAGACAAUGUGAAGAUUGCAAAGAGAAGACUCGUAUGGAAUGCAAAAGAAAGAUUCGCGAGCUCUCCCCUGUUCUACUCAUAGAUACGAACACAUCUUCAGUCGAAUAUCUAGACUUUUGGCAAAGACAAUUAGCAGCUGACGAAAGCAGGCCAGUUUCGUUUGGAGAAUUCGGGCGUGUUCCGGAGUCACCAUUAGAGAAAAAACAAUGUCGAUAUGGAGAGGCAUGUCGUGAUCAAAGAUCCUGCAAAUACGGUCAUGGCCUAAUUGAUUGGGCUGCUGAGCAGACGAAGCUUCUAGAUGACAUUGAUGGUUUUGGUUGGAAGCAUUAUUUACCGUCUCGUAUUUCUGCUAAAGUUUGUGAUGGAAUAGUUCGUCUCUCUGACAUUUCGGAUGUUCCGAAUUACGAUGAGCCUGGAGCUGUUAUUUAUGAGCUCGACGCAAUAAUUAGUUUGAUCGGAAAUGGACAACAGGACGUUGUUUGGACCCAUCCUGUAACAUUACUCAGAGAAAGUCCAGUUGCUUCCACUGCUUGGACUUUAAUCAAUGAGCAACUAGUCAGCAGGCUACACGACCACGAAGCGAGACAUUUGGAUGCGAGAUGGAAACUGCCUGCGUUCAUUGGCUAUAGACAAAAAGGUUAUGAAGUGGCAAUCACAGAAAGAAAUGUUUCUGAUGAGCUGUUUUUUGCUGAGAAUAAUGUUGCUCUUUGUCUCAAUGAUUCGGCAGCCGUCAAGACGAUUGAUGAGCUUCCAAAGAAAGGUGAUCUGGUCGGAUUAGAUGCUGAAUUCAUUAGAAUCAAGGCAUGUACCAAUCUUCUCGAAUUCAACGGUAAAUCAGUACAGACAAAGGCUCUCGGACGUGCGUCAUGUCUAGACGUAACAGGAGAAAAGAUCAUAUUUGAUGAUCAUAUCAAGCUGGAUGAAGAUGUGGAAGUAGUUGAUUACCUUACAAAAUUCAGUGGCAUCGUGGAAUCCGAUUUAUCCCCACAGACGUCGGAUAAGUACCUAACCACACACAAACGUCUGAUGCUUCGAAUGCAUGUAUUGAUUCAGAGAGGAGUAGUUUUCGUAGGACAUGCUGUUCAUAACGAUUUCGCUGUCAUAAAUGUUCAUAUCGCCGAACCACAAAUCAUCGACACUGUUAAUUUAUGGCGUCUCGGUGCUCAAAGGAUGCUUUCAUUGCAGUUUUUGGUCAGAGAGGUUCUAGGAGAAUCGAUUCAGGAGUUCUCUCACGAUUCCGUCGUUGAUGCCAGGUAUACUCUGAAGCUAUAUCACAAAUAUCUGGAAAUGAAGGAAAACGGAAUUUUCGGACCUGAAAUGCGCAGAAUGUAUGCGAUAAUGCCCCCAUUGGCUUGUUCUCCGAAUCCAUCCGGAUCUCCGUUGACUGUCAACACUCUUCGUCUCCCGCAGAAUGAGACGGCUGGGCCAGCUCCGAACUCAGUUUAA